UACGUGAUCCAUUUAUCAAGAAGAAAUUAUUGAUCGAGAGAGCAACGCUAUGCCGCAACGUUCAAUUCAAGUGCUAGAAAUUAAUGAAAGAGAUGUAAGUCUCGGUGGUAAUAACAUCCCUUCCGUGCAAUGUCAAGAGUACGAAAGGUCAACGGUGAACCUUCGUAAACAGCUAUCUGAGAUCCUCCGCCCCACUUUAACAGCCAUGAAGCUAACAGGGCACUUUUUCGGUCCAACAGCAGUCAAUGACGACAAUAAGCAGAGAACAUGGAAUUUUUCGUGUUUCUACAGCGCUCUUGUCACUCUGAGUCAGUAUUUGCUUAUUGUAUUCGCUGUAACAAGUCACUGUCAUAUCGGUUUGAGUGACAUGAACAAAUUCAUCUUCUUACUGCAGACCGUUGUUUGGUAUACUCAAUGUGCGAGUGGUGCAACUAUUUGCUUAGUCAUGAUGCCUCUUUCUAAGGACAAGCGAUCGAGAUUUUCGAAAUUUCUCUCCUGUUUUGUAGAGACAGAGCCCGAGCUCAAGGGUAUCAAGGCUAAGGCGGUGAAAGGCCUCAUAUUUGCUUCUUCUGCAGCAGUUGCCAAUACCGUCAUUAUUGGCCUUUUCAGCAUGCGUUCUGGUGGCAUAAUCUCUCUUUUCCCACCAUGGAAACUGUUUGCGCACAAAUUCGUUCGAGUUGCCGAGGUAGUAAUUCCAUUUUUCUGUUCAUUCGCCAUGUUCUUGCCCGUUUUGAUGUUUUGCAUCACUUGUAUGCUUCUGGAGAGGAUGUUCUCAACCCUAGAAAAUAAACUCUCCAAUGAAUCCAUACACAAUUUCACCAUCUCGUACGUGCGUAAAGAACACGUGAAGCUUUGUGAGGUUGUGGACUUGGCCAGCACUGUAUUUUCGCCGCUCCUCUGUGCCAUCAUCUCAUUGGAUGCAACAUUAAUUUGCAUCAACAGCUAUCAACUUGUGCGGGGCGAUACCGACCGCAUUGCCAUCAUAGCUUUUGUGUACUGGACUCUCUUCGUAAUCGUGUUGUUGCUGAUUUUGUUUUCAUUUGGGAAUCAGGUCCAUGAAAAGGCUCACAGUUUCUAUGAAACGAUUCAAAAGUCACACGUGUCCAUCGAAGACCUCAAAGAACACGCCGAGCUGACUCUUUUCCUGGCACAUUUGCAAGGGGAUCCUAUCGGUUUGUCAGUAGGAGGUGUCGCAGUGGUCAACAAGUCCUUAUUCUUAACGCUCUUAGGAAUAAUAGCAUCGUACUUUGUUGUGCUGCUUACCUUACCAAGCUAA